CCCCCCCCCCUCUCUCUCUCUCGUAUUAAUCCCUAAUUUUCAGUCGGUAGUGUUGGAAUUCUUUCAGGUUAAUGGAUAUGAACGAUGAUGAUGUGGUUAGUCCUCGGGAGGAGGAUACAGAUAUCGGACUCCAAGCAUCAAAUAAGUUGGACUUGAAUGUGGAGCACGACUGCCGCAGCCCAAAAGCAUCUGUUGUUAGUGCAACAACAGUGCAAUCGAAUCUUUCAUCAAAAGAUGAAGCGAAUGUGGAUGGUGUACUUAAAAUUGGCAUGGAGUUUAAGUCAGACGAACAUGCAUAUGGAUAUUACACCAAAUAUGCUGGAUUGGUAGGCUUUAGUGUUCGAAAGGACUGGGUCAAUAGGAGUAAAGUACAUGGUCAGGUGGUAUCAAGAAAGUUCACCUGUUCUAGGCAAGGUUACCGGCGGAAAGACAAGCGAGAUGCUAAUGUGAAGAAACACCGAAAGGAAACUAGAACUGGCUGCUUGGCACAUAUGAUAGUUACUCGACAACCUGAUGGUAAAUAUCGCCUCACACAUGUUGAAACAGACCACAAUCAUGGGAAUGUAAAUCCAAGCAAUGCUCGGAAACUACAGGAAUUACCAUCACUGGGAAUGGUAGAUGAUACUGAGGUUAUUGAAGCUGACUCAGCAAAUAGUUUGGAGAUGCAGUCAAAACUGGCAUUUCAAUUGUUGGGUAGACAAUUUGGUACUCCAGAGAAUGUUGAUUACCUUGCAAUAAAGUAUGAAAAUCAUCUAAAAUCUGGGCGGACAAGAGAUAUGAAGGAGGGAGAGGCAGGACAUUUGUUGUAUCUUUUUCAAAGGCAACACUUCGAAAACCCUUCAUUCUUUUACAGCUUACAACUUGAUAUUGAUGAUAAGAUAACCAACAUAUUUUGGGCCGAUGAUAAUAUGGUAGUGGACUAUGAUCAUUUUGGUGAUGUGGUUUGUCUGGACACAACAUAUAGAACAAACAAAGAUUUUCGGCCAUUUGUGCAGUUCAUAGGACUAAAUCAUCAUAAACAAGUUGUGAUCUUUGGUUCUGCACUUUUAUAUGAUGAAACUGCCGAAUCUCUCAAGUGGCUUUUCCGAGCUUUUAUCGAGGCAAUGUCUGGGAAGAAACCAAAAGUAAUUCUCACUGAUCAAGAUGCAACAGUUAUUCAAGCAGUUGAUUCAGUGCUACCAGAAGCAAACCAUCAGAUAUGUGUAUGGCAGAUGUACCAAAAUGCACUUAAGCACCUUAGCCAUUUAACAAAGGACGAGGAUUCUUUUGCCAAAGAUUUUAAGAGUUGCAUUUUUAAUCAUGAGGAUGAAGAGGAUUUCACCCAUGCCUGGGAGGCUAUGUUAGACAAAUAUAAUCUCCAGCAAAACGAGUGGUUACGAUGGAUGUUUAGAGAAAAGGAGAAGUGGGCUGUGGCAUAUGGCGGGAAUACCUUCUUUGUUGGUAAGAAUGGGGCCCAUCUAGGUGAGAUUUUACCUGACAACUUGAAAACUUGGUUGAACCAUGACCUUGAUGUGCUUCAGUUUUUCAAGCAUUUUGAAAGUACAAUAAAUCAGCAACGCUACAAGGACCUAGAAGCUAGUUAUGACAUGGGUGCAUCUACUCCAGCAUUGAUGGGAAAUGUGAUCUUGUUAAAGCAUGCAAGCAGGAUUUAUACACAAAAGGCAUUUGAAGUAUUCCAGCGAGAAUAUGAGAAGAGUUUAAAUGUUGUCGUCGACAUAUGCAGUCAGAAUGAUGCUUUGGUUGAGUACAAAGCUAACAUGUUUGGGAAAUCUAAAGAAUUCCUUGUUACAUUUAAUUCUUUAAAUGAUACAGUUUCUUGUAGUUGUGUGAAGUUUGAGAAUGUUGGGCUUCUUUGUUCCCAUGCACUAAAAGUGCUUGAUCAUAGGAAUAUAAAGGUUGUCCCUUCACGCUAUAUCUUGAAGAGAUGGACAAAAGAUGCAAGGAUAGAUAAUGCCAAAGAGUAUUGUGGUUGUGCCCAUAAACAGGACCCUAAGUUAAUUACCGCAACACGUUAUAAAGAUCUGUGCCACAGCGUAAUGAAAGUAUCUGCCAGGGCUGCUGAAUCUGACAAAGCAUUUGAAUUUGCAGCAAAGCAACUUGAUGAAGUGAUGAAAGGUGUAGAGAAAAUCUUAACAUCAAAACCGUCUGAGGAGGAUCAAGCUAUCACCUCAAGUAGCAAAGGUGCUAAUGCUUCUGAAAGUGAACCAGCUUACGCUUUUCUUGAUAGAAAUGCAAUUGAGCGUCAGGAUGGCGACUACAUCUUGAAUGAGACUACUGAAACAGAAGGUACUGUUCCUGAUAAACAUGAAAUGAAUCAUUCCGAUGAAACAAUGACAUAUACAAACGGACGUCAGAAUGUGCAACCAUCCCCACCAGAUCCUGUCACAUCCAUCUCGUGCCCCCCUCCGGCAUACAUUUCAUCUCCAACCCCAACAUUAAAUCCUCUUUCACAGGGGUUUUACAAUUUUGAAGCACAUCAGGUUGUUCAGUGCAUGUACAAACCUCAUAAUUUAGCAAUAGACCAACAAACAAAUCCUAACAUGUACCCAUCACAAAAUUUUUACUCUAACCAGCGUGAUUCUUCUGGCCAAGAUCAAUUACUACAGGAAUCUUUAGUUCGCUGCACAUUUCAGGAGUCUAUUUCAAAUGACACGGAGUUGAGGCAGGUAAGAUAUUUGAGGUCAAUCAGAGACUGUGAAAUUGCUUAUGCCUUUUGGAGAACAACGGAUUGGAUAGUAAUAAAUUGCUUCCUGGUUAUGAGUUUGUAGGCAAUGGAUCUUGACGCCCAACAUCCACAUUCAUCUUCUUACUUAAAUGAUGAUCACAGCUGCAGAACUCCAGACACCCAGUAUUUUGGGUCUAGAUAGAGCAAGCAAAUGACUAUUCAGAUCUUAACAAUGUGUUCAUUUGGUCCAGAGGGUUUUGGUGCUUCGAUUAUAUCGCAAAGCAAGAAAAUAUGGAGCCGAUGCAAUGGCAACUGAUACCGAGCAGUCUUUUAUGCAGUAUGCAGGCGCAUGGUCAAGGUUUUCAUUAGGUUCCUAUUGCUGUAACAUGGCAGGGGCUCACAAAAUUCAGAAGAACAAUCUGGCACGACAAGGUUGUUGUAGAAUUUGAUGGGAAAUUUUGAGUAGGAAUUCUCAAGGUUGUUGGUACUUCGAAUGUUUAAUUUUGGUUUUUGAUGUUUGGAACUUGUACUUGAUGCACCCGGACACGGGUUCGGUUGUUGAAGUGGUGAUUGGAAAAACAUAUUCUAGCUUAUUGAGAUUCACCAAUCUCUCUGUGAGUUGAUGUUCAGUACCAGUUCUAGCAUUUUUUUGGAUUUGUAUGAUUUGGGAGGAUACUGAACGCCUUGUAUUUGAGGAGAGUUGUAAAUGUUUCUAAUUUCCCUUUUAACACUAUAACAAAGAUAUUCCGAGUAAGGAUGCAUAUAUGGUAC